AUGAUAUCCCUUUCUCACCUUCGCACUUUAUGCAAAAGACACAUCUCCUUCAUCGGUCCAGGUCUAGUAUCUUCCGUCGCAUACAUCGAUCCCGGUAACUGGGCCACCGAUCUACAAGCUGGUGCAUUGUACGGAUACAAACUUCUUUUCAUCGUUCUACUAGCUGGUUUAGCUGCUGUGGUACUUCAACUUCUCUCCGUACGUCUAGGUGCGGUAUCGGGUAGAUCUUUAGCUACAAAUACGAGAUUGUUAUUUGAAAGAUUACAAGUCAAGUAUCCUAGAUGGAGACUUGGGUGGAAAUUGGGAUUGUGGACGUUGUAUGGAUUAGCAGAGAUCGCUGUGGUUGCUUGUGAUUUAGCAGAGUUGAUAGGUAGUGCGGUGGCUUUGAAUCUACUCUUCCCCCGCCUACCCCUUUGGGCCGGAGUUCUCAUUACAGCAUUCGAUGUCCUCAUUAUACUCAUCUUCUUUAGCUCUUCUUCCGGUCGUCGUGGCAUGCUGUUCUUCGAAAUCUUAAUCGUCACAUUGGUUUUGGCAGUUUUCAUAUCAUUCAUGAUCCUCCUUCAUCUCAUUCAUCCUUCAUGGCCGGAUGUAUUCUACGGUCUAAUCCCUUCCCACACUCUCGUCGAACCGGGUGCAUUAUACGUCGGAGUUGGUAUAAUCGGAGCUACAGUCAUGCCACACGCUUUAUUCUUAGGUAGUGAACUUGCCGGUGUAGAUCAUGAAGAAGAAAAGAAGAAAUACGAAAUGAAAUUAAGAUCAUUCGAUAGGAUAAAAUGGGUCGAUAUACAUUUAUUCCAUACUGCCAUCGACACAACUUUAUCUUUAUUAGGUUUCGCUUUGACUAUCAAUGCGGCUAUUCUUACUUUGGCAGGAGCUGUAUAUUUUUAUGGAACAUCGGGAAUACCAGCUUCUGAUGCAGAUCUUCAAGGAGCUCAUGAUAUAAUCAAUGAUUAUAUUGGGAAAGCUCCGGCGAUUAUAUUUGCUUUGGCUUUGUUAUGUGCAGGUCAAAGUGCUAGUAUAACUGCAACACUGGCAGGACAAGUGGUCAGUGAGGGAUUUAUCAAUUGGCAUACACCUCCAUUUGCAAGAAGACUUAUCACUCGUCUGAUCGGAGUAGUACCAGCUGCUAUCGUAGCAGCAGCCAUCGGUCCUAAAGGUCUCAACACCAUGUUGGUAGCAUCACAAGUAGUCCUUUCUAUCGUUUUACCUACCGUCAUCUUUCCCUUGGUAUUUCUCUGUUCGAAAGAAGACGUCAUGACUGUCCUCGGACCUAUCAAUUCGGAUCAUCCCGAUCAAAUCUAUUCAAAGAGUCCUUCUUUCUCAUCUCCAUCGACAAACCCUAAGAGGAAGACGAAAAGUUACAAGAGUCCAAUAUGGGUCACGAUCUUAGGAUACUUUUUGUUCGGCGUGGUUGUGGUGGCUAAUGUGUAUGUGAUUGUGGAGCUUGGUUUGGGACAGGAUUAG